AUGGACAGCCCAGGAGCUGCGCUGGAUGUGAGGCCAAAUGUGCAGGAGCUAGUGGAGAGGGGAAAGCGGAGUGAAGCAGCGAGCUAUCUGCUGGAUAUCGUGAUGGAGAAUGGUGCUCGAGGAGGGAGGGCCAUGUGGGCUGCCUUACGGAAGGUGAAAAGCUCGAGGACAGAACUGCGGUCAAUCCUCCGGGAGAUUCAGGAACAAGGUCCCAAUCUACCACUGCUUGCCACCUGGAAUCACCUGGAAUUUGAAUUACCUGAUUAUCUGACAGUGAUCCAGGCUGCGCAGCAGAGACACAAGGAGAAGAUGCGAGAGGAGAUGGAGCGGGCGGGGACGCUGGUCCCGGGGGACUACCCGGACCUGGUGGCCAUUUCCGUGGUGCGGGAGGACUCGCUGGCUGCCUACGAGCAGCUGGCGAGUCUGGUUGGGAACAAUCUUCGUGAUGAAGGGGUGAGGAUCCUGUGUAUGGUUCUGAGGGAUGCUGACUGCAAAGUCAUUGAGCUCGAGCUUGCCAGGAAUGGCCUGACCUGGGUUUGUGUUGCAGACCUCAUCUCCGCCCUUGUCUCAAAUCCCUCGAUCAAUGGCCUAAGCUUAAACAAGAACAAUCUUGGGGAUAUUGGUGUGCAGCAGCUUGCUGAAGGGCUGCAGCAUCCGGACUGUAACGUUGAGAUUAUCCAGCUGGAUAGUAACGGCCUGACAGAGGCGUCUGCGCAGGGACUGAGUGACAUGCUCCAGGCUCACCCCGAUUUGCACUGGCUUAUCCUGGACAAGAACCAGCUGGGAGACCCAGGGAUCCGGAAACUCGCCGAGGGAAUCAGGAACUGCAGAAUCCGCAGACUGGGGUGA